CCAAUGAAUCUCCCCCAAUCAAUCAUAUAUUCCCAAUCAGGAGCCAUCUGUUUGAGCAGCCAGCAACUAGAAUAGUUACAGAGUAGAGAGCAGAGUUUAGGAGUUGAUAAAAAUGGCUAUCACACUCAACAGCGGAUUCAAAAUACCCAUAAUCGGUCUGGGUGUAUGGCGUAUGGAAGGGAAAGAGAUUACAGACCUCAUCAUUAAUGCCAUCAAGAUUGGUUAUCGCCAUUUUGACUGUGCUGCUGAUUACCAGAAUGAAGCAGAAGUAGGGGAAGCACUUGCUGAAGCUUUUCGGACUGGGCUUGUCAAGAGGGAGGACCUUUUCAUUACAACCAAGCUGUGGAAUUCAGACCAUGGACAUGUUAUUGAGGCCUGCAAAGAUAGUUUAAAAAAGCUUCAGCUUGAUUAUCUGGAUCUCUAUCUUGUUCACUUCCCCAUUGCCACAAAGCAUACUGGAGUGGGUACAACUGACAGUGCCUUAGACGAGGAUGGAGUGCUGGAUAUAAACACAACUGUAUCGUUGGAAACUACCUGGCAUGCUAUGGAAGAUUUAGUUUCCAUGGGUUUAGUCCGUAGCAUUGGAAUCAGCAACUAUGACAUCUUUCUUACUAGAGAUUGCUUAGCCUACUCAAAAGUGAAGCCUGCCGUGAAUCAAAUAGAAACACACCCAUACUUCCAGCGUGAUUCUCUUGUCAAGUUUUGUCAGAAGCAUGGACUCUGCGUUACGGCUCACACGCCUCUUGGAGGUGCUGCAGCUAAUACUGAAUGGUUUGGUUCUGUAUCAUGUCUGGAUGAUCCUGUUCUCAAAGGUUUGGCCGAGAAAUACAAGAAAACUGUGGCUCAAAUUGUUCUGCGAUGGGGCGUCCAGCGAAACACAGUGGUCAUCCCCAAGUCAUCAAAAAUUGAGAGACUGAAGGAGAAUUUUGAAGUAUUUGACUUCGAGUUGAGCAAAGAGGACAUGGACCUGAUCAAAAGUGUGGACAAGAGCUACCGGACCAACCAGCCUGCCAAGUUUUGGGGAAUAAAUCUGUUUGCUUAAGCAUGUCCGUGGUUCUAUCUUUUUGAAAUGUUUCUGCAGAGAAUAAGACCAAACAAGACAUUUCUCAUUUGUACCGAUUGCUCAAUUGCAUCUGCUGUGUUACAAUUGACAACAUUCUCAAGCGUCUUUGUAAAACUACCGAAAAAAAAAAAAAAAACACUAGAGAUUCAAUUCCAGGAAGCACUUCUCUAGUUUUGACA